AGCCACCAUGGAGGGACUGAGGCUGCUGUGCUGCUGUGUGGCGUCUCUCCUGCUCCUCGGGGCUGCAGAAGAGACAGAAGAUGUUGGAGAGACUGCCAAGAGGGACCGUUCCCAUAUAGAGAGCACCCUUAAACUGAGUGAGGCUAAACCUGCAGAUGACUACUCAGCAACACUGCAGCGGUUGAGGAAGAUCUACCACUCCUCCAUCAAACCCCUGGAGCAGUCCUACAGAUACAACGAGCUCAGGCAGCAUGAGAUCACAGAUGGGGAGAUUACGUCCAAGCCAAUGGUGCUGUUCUUGGGACCGUGGAGCGUUGGCAAAUCCACCAUGAUAAACUACCUCCUCGGGCUGGACGACACGCCCUACCAGCUGUACACCGGGGCUGAACCCACCACCUCUGAGUUCACAGUCAUCAUGCACGGCCCGAAGCUGAAGACCAUCGAGGGCAUUGUGAUGGCUGCUGACAGUGCACGCUCCUUCUCUCCCCUCGAAAAGUUUGGGCAGAACUUCCUGGAGAAGCUGAUCGGGAUAGAGGUGCCUCAUAAGCUUUUAGAGCGGGUCACCUUUGUAGACACACCGGGCAUCAUUGAAAACCGCAAGCAACAGGAACGAGGUUACCCAUUCAAUGACGUGUGCCAGUGGUUCAUCGACAGAGCCGACCUCAUCUUUGUCGUCUUUGACCCUACAAAGCUGGAUGUGGGUCUGGAGCUGGAGAUGCUGUUUCGUCAGCUGAAGGGCCGGGAGUCUCAGAUAAGAAUAAUCUUGAACAAAGCGGACAGUCUCGCCACCCAGGAGCUUAUGAGAGUCUAUGGCGCCUUGUUCUGGAGCUUGGCUCCUCUGAUCAAUGUCACUGAACCUCCCAGGGUCUAUGUCAGUUCCUUCUGGCCCCCGGAAUAUCACCCUGAAACCCACAAGGAUCUGUUCCUUAAAGAAGAGAUCUCACUCCUAGAAGACCUUAACCAGGUGAUUGAAAACAGGCUGGAGAAUAAGAUUGCCUUCAUCCGCCAACAUGCCAUCCGGGUUCGCAUCCACGCCCUCCUGGUCGACCGCUAUCUGCAAACCUACAAGGACAAAAUGACCUUCUUCAGUGAUGGGGAGCUGGUAUUCAAGGACAUUGUAGAAGACCCUGACAAGUUCUACAUCUUCAAGUCUAUCCUGGCAAAGACCAAUGUCAGCAAGUUUGAUCUCCCCAACCGCGAGGCUUAUAAGGACUUCUUCGGCAUCAAUCCCAUCAGCAGCUUCAAGCUGCUAGCUCAGCAGUGUUCCUACAUGGGAGGAUGUUACCUGGAGAAGAUCGAAAGGGCCAUUACUCAUGAGCUUCCUGAUCUCUUGGGGAGUAUUGGCUUGGGGAAGAAGCCCAGUGUUCUCUCCUGUGACACAACUGGCUGUGGUGAAACCCCAAGGAACCGCUAUAGGAAACCAUAACAUGCUAUGUACUAACAUAACCAUUCAUGUUUUCCUGUUGGUGAAUGAGCUUAUGUCUUAUCUGUCCAAGAAGCCAUGGUUUAUUAACCCUUUGAGUGCCACACUGGCAAGAGCUACGGUACAACGAGGACUUUGAGUCAUUGACAUUAAUGGCAGAGGAAGCGGGGUGGGCAUAGAAAAGAGAAUAAAGAACUGUGAAUUCCUGACAUUAUCUUUGUUAUUUUAAAUAGAAAGCAAUGUUUAAGCUGUAAGUAAAAGCAACAAAUGGUGAACUAACGCUUUAGCUGCUUUUUCGCUGGUACUGAAGUUCAUGAGUGUGGAACAAGAAGUUCAACCUUUGCAUACACUAAGCAGACAGGGAGUAGGAAACGCAGACUCUGGAAUGAUAACCUGGAGGAAGGCUCCGACACCUUGACCUGGAGAGGGUCACCGCUGGGGAGAGAGAGAUCCAGCAGAGUAAAUGUCAGCUUUUGGUGGCUGUAUAUAGGCAUGAGGACCACAGAAAUGCCUAUACAUAAAUAAUCUGUUUAUUUUCUUUCCAAGACUUGUAGGCCAUCAGGUUCAGUUCUUUGUGAGCUCCGUUUGGAUGAUAGUUGAGCUAUAACUCAGAAUCUUUAGCAUUCACCAAGGUAUUAGCCCUCUCCUAUCCCCGGGGUAGGGAAAGAAAGACCCCAUGUCCAUGUUUAGACUGGAUUCAGUCCAAUCUCUGGAAACAUAUGGCAUUGUUAGCACCAAAUGCAUGUCCCAGGUGGGAUUUGGAAGUCUGGCUCAGAAGGAGAAAUGGACUAGAGCUGAAAGAGCAAUGGCACUUGAGUUACGUUUGAAAGACAGUGGCUGUAACUCAAGAAAGUUCAGAAGAAAGCCUUUGAAAGCACCGGUCUGUCCCUGUGCCUGAGAAGAGGCAGAGAGCUUAGUGUAUGCAUUUGCCGUUAGCGUCAUGCAGUUGUUGGCAAGUCAAGCACAAACCUUGGUAGGGCUCAGAGGGUUAAUCGAUUUGCAUUUUGACCUUGUUUAUGCCAGUGUUGCAUGUUUUCUCCAAGUCAGAUCCCUGUGUUGUUGUUCGGUUUGGAGGAAGACAGGUACACCCUCCGUUUCACAGCUGUUGCCUGUUUUCUCUUCCAAACUUUUUGCUGUAGGUUAGGCAGUCAAAGGUGUCUGGGCCCUAUCUUAUUUGGGCUGAGCCAAGCAGUCAUAUUUAUUUGUUGGCGUUGCCAUGUUGUUCACCUGCCCCAACACACCAACACCCAAAAUUGUGAGUUGCAGGAAAUGAUGCCAUCAGAACCAGUUCUAGCCUCUUUGUGGACAUAGUUCAUUGUAGAUGGCAACUAAGGCACAGGGGAAGUAUGGGAGCCCUCUUCACCAAGCAGGUAUUGUUUGGUUGCAAUGACCCAGCAUGGCUGGUGGUUGAGCUAAGCACUAACUGAAGAAAAAGGUGGAUGUUGCCCUGAACGGUGAAUGGUGUACGAGACCUGGUAAAUAGCCUUUCCUCAUUAUUCUCCGUGUCAAAUGGACCAGAGGCUGGUCUUCAGAGAACCUUCUGAGUGGAAGUACUCACUGUAACAUGCCUAUGGGCCUUAUCUGCUCGGGGUCAAGAAUACAAUGAAAUGCCAAGCAAAGCAAGGCAAAGAUAGAAAGACAAUAGGAAAAAGAGCCAUAUGUUGGCUUUUUAAAGAAGAAACUUGAGCAGAUGAGAAAGCGGAAGGUGCUGACCAGAGCCUGUUGGGAGCUUGGCAUGGGGUCCGAAAGGCAGCACCUCUCUGAUUCACAUGUGAGAAUAGAGAUGGAGCUGUCGCUACAGGAGAACCAAACGUAUCUAGCACUGGUCUGGAAUUCAGCUUCCUUGCUGCUGAAACCUUGAGUUUAAAAGAAAUGGUCUUUUAAAGCAAUCCAGGUGAGUUCUAGUGGACACUGUUUCAUGGGUGCUUGACUUGAUCCAAAUGUGUCACCCUGGAGGACACAUCCGAUGGGUAAUGCGUCCCCAAAGGCUGGGUGCUGGAGAAGAAACAAGCACAUCGAUGAGUACUGCAAGAGGGCAGGUUACAUGCCGAGGGAUUUUGUGCACAGCACUGAAAGGAACCGGGGCAGCUAUGAAGGCAAAAAGAGGCGUCAGAGAAACUGGCAUCCAAAAUAGCACAAAGAGAAGUGACAUGCUGGUGAGUCAAUAUAUAGUGAGGUCUCAGACUGCCUUGGAGCUGCUUCCUCCAUUCACUUCUUUUACUCACUUCCUUUUACAUUACCCCAUUGCUCCUCCUCCUCCUUCUUUGUCUUGGUCACCCACUCUUUCUCACGUCUCAUUGUUCUCCAUUAAGCUUACCGGCUGCUCCUGUCACUUGGCCUAGUUUUGCAUGGUUUUCUUAGGAGCGAAUGAAAAAAACUGUGCUAAUUUUGCCACUGCUUCUGCCAUCACAUUAUGUUUUAUUGUCACCAUAAGCAAAUAAGUCUGUUAAACUUUUCUAAUUCUCUGUGCCUUAUUCUUCCUGCUUGUUCUUUGCCUUUUUGUUUCUCUUUGCUGUGCUGUCAUCUUCUUUUUGUCUUCCCCUUUUCUUCAGUCUUUCUCCUGCCUUUUCUUUCCUCCAUUUCUUGCCAUCCUCUUUUCACUAUACCCAGGUCCUUCCUUUCUAGUUCCCUCUAGGUCACUAGCAUCCUGCCGGUCAUAAAGCUACUGCUCUCCUUUUGGGUGUUGGUGUAGGUGAGGAUUAUGGUGUGGCUGGUGUUACCAACACGAUAUAGACGGAGGAAUGCUAGCAGCAUUGAGGAGGAUGUAAAGCAUGGUUGUCUACAGGUACUGGGCCUGUUGGUUGACGUCCUGUUGGGUAAGCAUUCAUUGACAAUGAAGAUCUCUGCAUAUACUCAAGAAAAUUUCCUGUAAUUGGAUGAGUUCACCUUUUCACAUGCGACUGACACAAGCACAGUACUGGCUCAAAAGCCCAGCAUAGAGGCUCAUGCACUGAUCGUAACCACCUUCCCAUCUGAAAAUUUACACUAGGAUUCUCUUCUUAAAAGCACUCCUGGCGCUCCAACUUUAACCCCCCUGUGGCCUGACAUAAGGUGACCCUUAAACAAUGGACCUAAGAAGUUGAAGAGAGAUUUUUGUGCAUUUGUUUGUUAACUGCACAUCUAGCUGGGCCCACUCUCGGCUCUUGUUGGCUGCCACAGCCCUUGUUGGGAAUCUGACACAUUUCUGAUGGCCUUUCUUCCCAAGCCCCUUGACACUUGAAAUGACUUGCAUGGCCACAGCAAGUGAUUGUUAGUCUAAGGAGGUCUGUAGUUCAAAGCCCACCUCACCUGGCCCAGUCUGAUUACAAAGCAGGCUCCUACCAUCAAUCUGACUGUCUCUGUUCUAUGAAACAAAAUUAACUUGAUUAGAAACAAAAUAUAAAGCAUGACAUGAGUGAUGUGUCUCUGAGUUACAGGAAAUGCAUCAGGAAUGAAAACAGGGAGCCUGAAGACUUUUUUUAAAUUUUGCUAAAAAACCCAACAUCCCUAAACCCACUGUUGUGUGCUUCUUUUUUAACAGGAAUCUGGACAGACACAUUAUAAGGAAUUACAUGCUGUAAUAUAUUCCCAAUUAGGUGUUCAUGAUAAUGUGCAUUUGGAUAAAAUUGUUGGUCCUGUAAAUCAUCCCGUUUAAUAAAAUCAGUAUUUUUCAAACACA